AGACACGCGCGCAGCCUCAAAUUCACGGAUAAGGGAGAACGCGGGUCGCCAUGGAGCCGGUGAAAGCGAAAAUGGCUCCUACGGGAACGUCUUCGCCAAACGGAGUUCUGCCACCGCCUAUAGGAUCCGUCAUGGCCGGAUCGUCGUUAGCCAACUAUAAAAGAACCUGGUGGAGAGGAGUGGCCCCCUGCUUGGCCUUCCUCGGAGCUUUUUCCAUCGCCAUGGCUCUGCUCCUCGUUUGGAGCGAGGCCGCCGCUUUGAGGAGGCAGGCGUUUGAUGCGAACAUGACCAGAGACUACGUGCUCGACAGCGUCUCGAUGGACAAUCCGCAAUUGGUCGCUUACAUACGGCAAGUGCACCUGAAACCCACGACGCGCCAGGACCCGUUGAACGUCAGCCAGACGUUAGAAGAGAAAUACGUGACCACACUGUCGCAGAGCAAGCGCGAGGGCGUCUACGCGGAAUACAUCAGCAGGAUAGGCGCGAUCUCCAGCACCGCCUGGCUGGAGUCCAAUCUGAACUGGCGCGGUGUCCUGAUACUCACCGAUCCCAAGAGCUUCUUCGAGGCGCAGCGGAGCACCAGGGAUCCGCGCACCAGAGUCCUCCACGCGUGCCUCAGCACGGACAAGGAUACCAAAGAGAUAAAGUAUCACCAGGAAUCGGAGGUCCAAGUAACGAAAUUGGGCGACGGUCCUAACAGCCUCGUACCGUCGGACGACAGCUUGCCCACCACCAGGCUUAAGUGUUUCCCUCUGUACAGCGUGCUGUUGGCGUACAACGCCACGACGUUGGAUUACCUGAGUCUGGACAGCCCCGACGCUCCCGACGGCCAGGUGCUCGACACUAUUCCAUGGGACGUCAUAAGAAUAUCGGUUCUGUCGAUACGCUGGAAUUCCCAUCACAGCGAGACGGAGACGAAGAGCUUCAUCGAGAAGAUGACUAGCCGGCGAUACAAGCUCGUUCACACGACCGACACCGGCAAAUGGAUAUUUCUCUACAAUACUCUGCUGAAGAUCUGAAGGAGGGAAGAGCUUGACUCAGGUGAAACACGUGACAGUGACUGAUCUACAGCAUUUCGUCGUCGGACGAAAACACACGUUUAAGCGAAUCAGAACACAUCGACCGGCCCACUUCUGCGCGAUACGCGCGCUUCUUCUCACCUGAAUAUUUUAUCAUCCGUUCUUUCUCUUCCCGAAGAGACAUUCUGGAUUCGAGCAACAAAGUUUCAUUUGAUCUCCCGUGCGAUCUCAUCCGGAGGACGAUUCGAAUCACCGACGCGGUAACGAAGACGCCGGAAGCGGAAUCGAUCGCAGAGUAAUUUCCCGAUGGAUUCUCGUCGUGUCAUUCGUCGCGAUUCGAAUCGCUUGGAAGAAUGUUCGGCCGCGCGAUAACCGAGCGACUAUCGGCGACCGAAUCUUCAGAGACUCGCGUUGCGGGAUCGUGGGAGCUUUUGUGAUCAGGAUCGCCAUCAAGAUUCGAAUAACGACGAGCCACGGCGAUUCGAGGGCUCAAAUAGCCGAGAGUGACGACGGUCGAAAUAAUAGUCUCGGGUUUUCCUGCCUUUUCUUCCGCAGCAUCGAGUUUAAACGAAAUCGGAGCGAGUCGCUCUCAUAGUGUCUCGAAGGUGUCCCGCGGUAUCGAAUUGUGGUCCGACUGUUCAAGACCGUUCGAAGAUCUCCCGACCUCCUCAGUCUCUCCCGCGACUUCGAAUUCGACGCAAAGACCUAAGAACUCUCUUGAAUCCUCGCUUGCCUGUCCGACGGUUCGUCGUCCUCGAGGGAGGGAACGCUCGAAUAUUACUUAAAUUCCUCAAGGGUGAGUGCACGAUCUCGGAUCUGAGGACCGAAGUAGCGAACUCAAAGAAUCGGCUCGCUCGAAAUUUCUUGGAAUAGAAUUUCGCUCCAAACGAGUGAAGAGUGGCCGUAUUUUCGCUUUCGAAGCGGAAAUACCGUCACUUGAAGUCGUCGCGAAAGUGAGGGUUUUCACUCAAGCCCAGAGUGGAUUCCGACUCCGUACGAGUGAAUUUUCCAAUCGAUCCGAAUGAACUCGUUCCCGCGACAAAUCCGAAUCUAUCAGAUUCAUUUGUUCAGCAUCGAGCGAAAACAUUCAUUCGACGAUUCAGAGCGGAGAUCUCUUUGUACGAGUGAAGCGUCACUCUGACACCUCGAUGACUCGGACGUCGCUCUAUUUUUCGAUUGGAAUUUCCUUCCAGAAAAUCGAGAACACACCGACACCGUAAUCGACGUGUACGCACACGCGCAUAUAUUUUGUUGCAGUUAUUACUAGAAGUACCCGUAAGUGAUGUCGCUUUUUGACACACUUGCACAAGAUUUUAUUUUAUCUAACACUUAGUUCAUUCAAAAUUUUAUAAUAAGCACACUGAAUGUCGAUAAAUUUAAUUUAAUAUACAAGUUACGUAAUAACAAAUCACAUGCGCGAACAAAGUGGCGAUGUUUAUUCAAUUUGAAAAAAAAAACGACGAAUUACUCACGGGUAUUCCUGACACUUCAUGAGGAACGUAUAGGAGCGUUCUUACAGAAUUCCGCGAGUUCUCGAGUCUUCUUCAGAUACGUGAGUGUCCUCUUACGCUUCGUAUCGCGUCGCGAUGAUCUCUCUCGUCUUCUCUCUCUCUCUCUCUCUCGUUCUCUUUCUCUUCGGUUAUCGCUCGUCAGACCACGCGAUGUUCGAUAAUUACCGAACGAACCGCGCUUAAGGCAGGCUCUUUUUUUUGGCUUCUCGUGCGGCAAAGCGACGCGUAAUUGCGUAAUCGCUUUGUCUACAAUGCAGGGUCGUAGGGUCGCCGCAAUCGCUCGAGUCGGCCCGUUCGCGGCUACGACUGAUCUUCGUCGAAUUGUGAGUGAAUCGACCUGAGCGCUUGUAGAUCCCGCUUAAGACCGAGAGAGAUUAUCCGCGGGGACGACGCGGGUGGCCCUAAACUCGGGCGUCCUCGCGACGUUCCGACGAUCUUCGCGCAAUAAUGACACUUUCGCAACAACAGUGGGGUCGAUUUCGAAAUCGAACGAUACCCGUCGUAUCAUAUCACAUUUACGUUGCGUGCUUUUUUUUUAUCUAUUUUACACGUGUCGCGCGCGUAAGAUUUACCGAAGUAGGAUUUGCCGUGCGCUUAAUCUCGAAUGAUUAAAUAGUGAUGAUCGAUCUCACGAGUGAUUAAGUAAUUAUCUAAAUGGCUGGGCGGAAACAAGAGGGACGUGUUAAUAAAUACAGACUUCCUCGAUCAAGCGACAACCGCAUCGUCUUCACGGGAGACACGUGAGAUUUCUGCGUGAAUUCACUUCCACGAUAUGAGAAUCUCUCGGGGUGUCCUCGAAGGUAAGGUCUUGCGGAUCUUGAGAAAUAGAGAGAAAGAGAAUUAGCGACCCUUUUACUCGAAUUAUCGAGACGCAGGGGCGAUAAUUCCGAGAUCUGAGAUGCCGAGUCGCUUAUUAAUGGGGCGAGCGCUUGAAAAUCCAAUCCCAACGAAUCCAGUUAAGCUGCGGGAAAAUCGGGAAAGCGCCCGAGAAAUACAGAUUACCAGAUCCUUUUCGGAGGCACCACAUCAAAAAGCAAAUUCUCUCUCUCUCUCACACACACACACACACACACACACACACACACACGUACACACAUGCGCGCGAUUUUUACCGAUAGCAGGAUUAGUUUUAGUUAGUCUAAAGCAAGUCAGCAACUGCAUCCUGACAACGUUUUAUGAAGGACGUGUUGAUUUGACUUUUAAUGAGCAUAAUGCACCUAUGCGUGUGCCAACUGCGUCAACGUAUACACGCCAAUGUUAUCACGGUGUGUGACAAGCGAGCGAGUUGAUCUUAGGAUAUUUUCCGCAGUUCUCUGUAUUCGUACAAUUCCGUACAUUAAACAACUUAAGACUCCCGUUUCCUCGUUGCGGCUAUCUUAGUUAAUGACGUCGGAAGCGAGAACAUCCAAGUACCCAAAGUUCUUGCGAGACACGAGUCGAAAUAAAAAGUCGAAAUGAAAAGGUAUGUCUAAUAAGAUGACACUUGUGGCUGAGCUGAGCACAUUCGUAAAAUGUCCCGAAAACUUUGCGAAAAGUAUGCGUUUUCUCACUGCUGACGUCAUCGAACCAGAAGACCGUACUGAGGGACCAAUAGGCCUAUUUUUAACGACAGUAUUGUUAUCGUUACGUUGCCGUACGAGCAGAUAUAAACACAUGGUAAGAGAACUGCUCAAUGACCAGGUGUCGACGACGAUAAUGUAUUUAGGUUAAAAGCUAUAUAAUAGUUACUGUGGGAUCUGUGAUGCAGGAAUUGACAGCAAACGCGUUUUGGGCGAAGUUAACAGAACAUUUAUAUCUGAUAACAGAAUUUCUGGUUAUGUCUUGUGAACCAACUCGGUUCUCAUAACCGAGAAUUCUGUUUUCUCACACGAAACGCACACGUUUGCUUUGUCUAUCGUCAAGUAAAUUCGAACAAACUUUAUUCCGCGUGUGAAACCUAUUUUCCUCUUGAUAUUGACAAUCAUCGGUGUGUAUGUAUGUGUGUGUGUGUUGGCAGAUCAACUGCCAACGUCGUAAAAUUUAGUUUCACGCUGUUCGAGAUUCUCGAAGGGUCUAGUAAUGUUGAAACUCAGCUCAGGGUUUGCGAUAUCUACGGAUAUUCAACAUUUCAAAAUGGACGUUUGCGUUGCAGUUGGUUAUUCGAUUUCGUCGUACAUCGGAACACGUACACUUUUGCGAGCUCUCAAACGCACGCGACUCGGCGCAAGUUUAUCCGUAAGUUUUUUUUUUUUUUUUCGUUACUUGUAAGAGCAAUCCGCUUUUUCUUUCCUUAUCGUUUAUCAAAGAUCAUUCCGUAAUAUAUUAUCGAUACGCGUAACUCUUUCCCGCCAGUGUGUCUAUACGUAGCAUCGAUUUCGUUGUAGCGCCUCUAGUGCGUUUUUCGAGAGAUUUUCCAGUUUUGUUUACUUUUUUUUUUACAACAUAUGUGUAAUUUGUCUAGGUUUAACAAUUCGAAUAUAAUGUUGCUCACCGUUUCUGUCCCGCGAGGAGCAACAAUUUCCUUUCGACAGCAAUAAA